AUGGUUCAUUCAUGUUCCGCGGAGGUGGAGGAACAGGCUCUCCUCAAGUUUAAGUCGUCACUGAUGAACAGCGAGGGGGCUCUGUGGAACUGGAAUCCGGGCAGCCCAGCAUGCAGCGGGAAGUGGGUUGGUGUGCUCUGCUACAACAACUACGUGUGGGGUCUACAGCUGGAGAGAAUGAACCUGAAGGGCUACAUCGACUUGGACGCAUUGGCCCCGUUGCGUUUCAUGCGCGCCAUGAGCCUGAUGGGGAACACGUUCGAGGGUGCCAUGCCCGAUUGGAAGAAAGUCAGCUCUAUCAAGGCCUUGUAUUUAUCGGACAACUAUUUCUCCGGCGACAUUGCUCCUGAUGCCUUCAAGGGCAUGUUCUCUCUCAAGAAAAUCCAUUUGGCGAACAACAACUUCACUGGGCCCAUUCCCACUUCCCUUGAAUCUCCUAAGCUCAUCGAGUUGGACCUCCACAAUAACCACUUCACCGGCAAUAUCCCUUUGAUCACCUCCGUAAAUCUCAAGCACAUCAACCUCUCCAACAACCAAUUGGAGGGCCCCAUCCCCUUCGCUCUCAAAGGCAUGGAUCCAUCCUCAUUCGCGGAUAAUAAAGCACUGUGUGGGCCCCCUCUCUCCAACGCUUGUUUGUUCCCAUCAUCUUCCAAAACAACUCCCAUCUCAUUCAUCAUAAUCUCUAUCUUGCUCGGGAUUUUGCUUCUUUUCCUGCUCAUCCUUCUUCUCUCAAGAUUUAACAAGCGCGGGGACGACAAGGCCAUUGUGGACGUCGAAAAGGAUGGGCAAAAACCCGUGAAGUUGUCGUUCGUGGACGAGAGGAGGCAGAAGUUUGAGUUGCAGGAGCUACUGAGGGCGUCAGCUGAGGUGCUGGGAAGCGGGAACUUGGGGGCAUCGUACAAGGCACUGCUGGUGGACGGGGAGGCUGUGGUGGUGAAAAGAUUCAAGCAUAUGAACAGCAUUGAUAGGGAGGAAUUCCAUGAGCACAUGAGGAGGCUAGGGAGACUCAGCCACCCUAACCUACUGCCCCUCGUCGCCUAUUUGUUCCGCAAGGACGAGAAGCUCUUGGUAUUCGACUUCGCCAAAAAUGGCAACUUGGCCGCCCUUCUGCAUGGUAGUAGUAGUAGAAAACAGUCGGGUGUGGUGAGGUGGGGUACGAGGCUGAAAAUUAUAAAGGGGGUGACAAAGGGGCUGAUGUAUCUCCAAAAUGAGGUUCCAACCCUAAGAGUGGCGCAUGGCCACCUGAAAUCAUCCAACGUUCUCUUGGACAAUGAAUACAACCCACUCCUCAUGGACUACGCUCUCCACCCUGUCGUCAACUCCGCCUACGUCCACAACCUCCUCCUCGCUUACAAAUCCCCCGACUACGCUCACCACCAUUGCAUUUCCAAGAAAACCGACGUAUGGUGCCUCGGAAUCCUCAUACUCGAGAUCCUCACUGGAAAAUGCCUCCCCAAUGGCACCACAACAGACAUAGCAGCUUGGAUCAACGGCAUUGCCGGCCAAGAAUUUUCUCUUGUUAUUCACAAGGACAUGGAAGCCGCCGGCAGCACUAACCAAAUGGAGAAGAUGUUGCAGAUAGGGAUAUCGUGCUGCAUAGAGGAUACAGAUAAGAGAUGGGAUUUGGAGGUCGCCGCUCCACAGAUUGACCAGAUUUCAGCAUGA